AUGUUACCCAAGCCAGUACUAUUACAAGCUAUCCUACUUCUCACCUUGCUACAAAACAUAAACACUCUAGAAGACGGAUACCUCCGAUACGUCAAAGACGGCUGCUUCCUCAGAGGAGAAGCAUUAUCCUGUGUCAAAUACAAAGCUGUCAAAAUAGCCAAAAACACCAUUUUUGGUGAUAACUUUAAAACUAAUGAAACUAUCAAAGCGAAUAGUGUUGUCAGCCUAGUACCUUUAGAUGAAGAAACAAUUCAAGUACUAGGGAUUAAGGAAAGUAAGGUAGCAGAGGUAAGGAGUGAGCCGAGAGGAAUUUUGUCUGAAUGGGCGGAAUUGGCGAAGUACUUUAUGAAGCUGGUGCAGGAGUUCUUCAGAGUGAAAGGCUUGAAGGUCAAUCUGCCUGAAGGCGCGAGGACUGUGGAAGUUGAAGAUGAUAGUGAUAAUGACGAUGAAGUUAAAUCUGAGGCUAGAAGUAUCCAGAAACGCGAUAUCGGUCAUUCUAAAUCAGCCCGAGGCAAGAAGAAGAAGCUGGCAGUGAUCAUUCCCCUACUGACGUUGUUCGCUGUUCUGAAGAUGAAGCUACUCCUCAUUCCGAUCCUGCUGUCGGUGCUGCUCAUCAAGAAACUGCUGCUGAUUGCUGCGUUGCUGCUGCCGAGCUUGCUCAGCACUUUGAAGGCUUGCAAGCACUCUCACCACCCGAUGUCCUACUCGUACUUCGGCAGCAGUGACUCCAGCGACUACUCAGCGGACUACAACAACAACUACGCGUACUCAGCUAGCGGGGGCUACGGGAAGGACUGGGCGUCUAACAGGGCUUACAACAUGAAGCAUAGGCCUACGCCCUCGCCGGCUUAUAUUACUGCUCCUGGGACUGUUUAACGCCAUCUAUAGUGUAAAAACUGGGUCUGUUUCUUCAUUUCUGGGUACAUAAGCGCGAAAGAUGUCUUCAAGAUUUUAACAACGUUUAAAAGCUGUUUAGUUUCUUAGUUGAAUGUAUUAAUUUCAAGAACUAAUGGCGCAAUUUGAAAAAGUAUUUCACUGUAAGAUGGUUCAUUUAUCCUGUUUCUCCAUUUGUUGAAUUAGAAAUCAUCAUCUUCUCAGCCAUAGGACAUCCACUGCUGAACAUAGGCCUCCCCCUUAGAUCUCUACAGAUACCUGUUGGAGGCGACCUGCAUCCAGCGUCUUCCGGCGACCUUUAUAAGGUCGUCUGUCCAUAAUUAGGAAUCGAUCGUUUAUAUGCCAAGCAAAGCUAAUAAAUAACAUGACGGAAAUUAGAGUUUCAACGUGACUUCAUAUUCAUAUUAAUCGCGGUUUUGUUAAGAUAACUCAUUAUUGAGGAAGAUAUAAUUAUGUUUCAUAA